AUGGAUGCCGAAGAAAUGCUGCAGCUUUUCGACUCUUGUUGGUGGUUUGGGGAUGAAAUUUCCACAGAAAAGCAACCUUCAGCGUCUCCUGCGACGGACCCAGUUCAUGAAAUCCAAAGCAAAACCCCAAAGCCUGCCAUCUCUCGUCUUCCCACGCUUCUUGUUCGAUCCCGAAGUGACGAUUUGAGCUUUCAAAGAAGCUUCAAAUCAGAUUCUCCUUCCCCGAAGUCAGUUAUCCUCGUGCCGAAACUCCAACCGAUUCUUUCAGGCAAAGAAGUUGUAGAAGUUGCAGAAAGCAACACGAAACAAGAAAAUAUCGAGAAACCUGUCAAGAGAAAAAGGGACUUGAGAUGGAGAAGCAGCAGUAAGAGCUUAUCAGACCUGGAAUUUGAAGAGCUAAAAGGGUUCAUGGAUCUGGGUUUUGUCUUCUCUGAAGAAGAUAAGGAUUCAAGUUUGGUUUCUAUCAUUCCUGGGUUGCAGAGAUUGGGGAAGAAAUCGGAUGAAAUGGAGACUAUCAUUGACGAAUCUAAAAUUCCAAGACCUUAUCUUUCUGAAGCUUGGGAUCUGCUUGAUCGAAGAAUGGAAAAGAACCCAUUAAUGAAUUGGAGAAUUCCUGCUUCAGUGAGCUUUCUUUCCGGAAACGAUGAGUGCGUUAUUGCUGCAGCGAAGCAGCGGGGCAUUGAUGUUUUGCUGAAUGAGGAACCGAAUCGUGAAACACCGUCUAUUGUCUCAUUUGGUGAGAAACAACGGUUCCAGGGUUCCGCUGGCUCUGCUUCUGCAACCAUGAAUCCAAAAUCCACAAAUCUCUCAGCUAAAGAGGUUGAUUAG